UUCACAAAACAAUGAGUUAGUCGAUAUUUGAAUACUGUUUUCAAAGAAUAACAAAAGCCUUUCUCAGAAUUGAUCAUACUCAUCUUACUGUCGCAAAAUGUUGUUUUAUUUUACCAUUGUUGUAUCUAAUGUAAUUAAACAGAUUUGUACGCUUUUUAAAUUCUAAGGUUACUUAUCGUUGUCAACACAGUGGGUUGGAAACGCCUUUGGACUUGAAAUUAAUAAUUGAUUUGUCUUAUUAAAACAUUACGUUUGUCAGUUGCUACUAGUUAGAAUAUACGUGCAUCUCGUCAACGGAUUCACUCAUAUGUUACCGCACCCCACAUCCCUUGGACUAUCCCAGACAACCAAAAAAGGGGAAAUAAAGGCGAACAAAGGAGAAAUAAAGAGGAAAACGCAUCAGAAUGUCGCUUUUUUCGCCUGUCCAAGGGAAAUAACGCGGAUUUCCCCCUUUUUCGCCGUUUUGUCGAUAAUUUACUCACUUUUCGCCUAAAUAUCCGCUGAAUUGUCUAAUUUUCGCCUAAAUAUCUGCCGAAUUGUCUACUUUUCGCCUAAAUGUCCGCUGAAUUGUAUACUUUUCGUCUAAUUUCUAACGAAAUUGCCUACUUAUACGCUCACUUGUUUACUUUUCGCCUAAAUACACACAGAACUCCCUAUUUUCGAUCCAUUGACAUAACUCCAAUGGUCUCCUAUGUUCGCCUUUAUUUUCAACAACAGACCAAAAUAAAUCUGCAAUGUACUGGAAAACCGGUAUAUUUUUGAAAAAUUUUAUUUAGAAGGAAAAGCGUAUUUUUGUACAACAUUAGAGCAAAAGCUUAAGCAUAGAUUGUUUUGCAUAUCCAUUGCAAUUGCUAAUUCAUUGUUCUUUGAAAUUAUCUGCAAAAGAAGGAAUAGGUGAUGUUUUAUUCAUAAGGAAUGUGCAUUUAAUCAAAAUUUCACUGCCACUCAAACACACAUUCUCAACACUUCUAUAGUUUUCCAUGUAAGUAAUAAAGUAAGCUCUCUUACCAAAAAUUGUUUAUUAAAAAUGAGGUAGAACAUAAAGAAAAUUUCACGGAGUAUUCCCUUAAGCUACGUUCGUUCGGCUAUUGAGAAUUGAGGUAGUCGUCCCGUGAAUUCUGAGUUAAAAAAAGAAAAAAAGUCACAACCAUAUCUCAAUGACAUGCUUUGGCACAGCCAAAUACUUGAAGCUGAACUUACCCUUAUGUUCGUUAAUAUUGUUGACUGUAGCUAUAGAGCCGUAGGGAAGUUAUCACUUUAAAUUAGUACAUACCUGAUCUUGUUUUCUUCUAUUACGCUUUAUCAUCUUGUCUCUGAUAUCGUGAAAGUAACCUUGUGUCGCGAUGUCGUACAGCUUACCAAAGUCUUUUCGUUGACAGCGGGUGACAGAAAGAGAUUAGUUAAGGCACCCGAAGUUUAAAUAAUAGAUAUAGGUUACUUCGUAUGCAGCCGUAAAACUUGCAUUUCUUGCAUUCGAAUACCUGUCCUCGACCCUCCGUCGGUCUAGAAAGUUGUACGAAGAAAAGAUUGUUAAGGAAUCCAUAGAAUGUCCUAAACGCUUGUAUUCUUAUAUAAACCAAAGGACAAAGAGAAGAGGAAAUAUUCCUGCUCCAUGGGGAGACAGUACUGCCGCGUCACUAGUGGAGGACGAUUAUGGUAAGGCGCAUGUAUUCUCAAACUAUUACAUAUGUGUGAAUACCGUAGAAUCACCCUUUCCGUCAGUCCAAACGAAUGCACCCACACAAACACUGGACAGCGUGACCAUUAAAGAAAUCGAUGACUCUGGUCUGCUAAAUAAUCUUGAUAUAAGCAAAUCCACGAGACUUGAUGAAAUGCAUCCAAGGUUACUGGAGGAAUUAGCUAACUUCGUUGAGAAUCCGCUAAGUAUUUGUUUUAAUCUAUCCGUAACCCAGGAUGGAUUGCCAAGAGACUGCAACAACUCCAUAGUAAGUUCCGUCUUCAAAACAGGUUCGAAACAUAGACUUGAGAGCUACUGACCUGUUAACCUAUCUAGCGUGGUUGUUAAAAUCUUAGAAAAGAUCAUUCGAAAGGAGCUGUUUAAGUACGUCGAUGAAAACCGGAUCCUUUCAGAGAAACAGCAUGGUUUCAGAAUAAGUUAUUCCUGUCUCACUAACUUAUUAGUCGCUCGUGAAAGCCGGUGCGCUCUUAGGGACCAGAUGUUACCUGUAGACGUAGCCUACACUGACUGCAGCAGAGCUUUUGACAAAGUUCCACACAAUCGGCUGUUAUAUAAGUUAAGAAAUGUCGGGGUUGUAGGCAAUCUAUUGAUGUGGAUAAAAAACUUCUUAGUUGGGCGCCAACAAAUAGUACGGGUGAAGUCAAAGUUGUUUAGCUGGGAAACUGUGCUUAGCGGAUUGCCUCAGGGUACAGUUUUGGGGCUAGUGUUGUUCCUCUUGCAUGAAAAUGACCUUUCUCAUCUCUUAUCUUACUAUAUGCUGACCAUGUCAAGAUAUCUAGAGCGGCAUUAAAAGUAAAGAUGAUAGUUGGGUGCCUCAAAUGACUUGGAAAAAUUAUCAGAAUGGUCUAAAAUUUUGCAGUUGCUGAUAAAUACUUCCAAGUGUAUUGUGGUGUACAUUAGUCAUCGAGGUAUAGAUACAUACACAGUGAAUAACGUUGAGUUACCCGUUGUCCAGACACACAAUGGCUUAGGAGUCAUCGUUAGCCAAGACUUAAAAAGCACUGCACACUGCCAUGCCAUAGCUGCCAAAAGUUUUGACACUUUGUGGUCAAUACGUAGGGCCUUUAGUCACAUCGAUGCUAAAACAUUUUUGACUUUGUACACAGUGUUAGUGCGUCCUAAAUUUGAGUACUACAUACAAACGGCUAGUCCCUGCUUAAAAAAGACAGUGAGUUUUUGGAAAAGGUUCAGAAAACAGUAACUAAGCUGAUUCCCGGAAAAGUGAUACUCCUGUAUUAUGCUCGACUAUUUGAUUGUCUAAACUAAACACAUUUUCGUUGUCAUAUAGAAGAACUAGAGGUGAUCUAAUUGCAGUAUUCAAACUACUUAGUUAUAAUAUUGCGCCUGACAUGCCCUGGUUUUUCUUGUCCUCCAAAACAGAAAUUUUGCGAGGACACUCCAAAAAAGUUCACGAGCCCGGAACAAAUUACUUGUCAGUUGACCAUCGACUUUCCCAUCGAAUCAUCAACGAGUGGAAUUCAUUACGUCAGCACGUGGUUGAGACUCCAUCUGUCGAUUCUUUCAAAGAAAGUUGAAUUGACUGAGAGACCAUCAUUGCCAGGACUAACAAAGGCCAUCAAGCCUCCUGUCCUUUCCAAACUGAAACUGAAUUCCAGUCAACGGGUCAAGUUGUUCAUCACAGUUGUGAUACAGUUAAAACCACAUACCUGUUCCAGGUGUAUACUUAGAGAUCAUCUUGAUUAAAAGCUUGCAAAUUUUUAAGCAAACGAGUAAUGGCACAAACUAUUGAAUCAACGGGCCAAGCUAAUACCUCUGAAAUAUUGAGAAAAAACAAGGGUAGAAAGAGUUCAAAAGUAAACAACAGCGAUAUAGGCCCUAUCCUAGAGACCUUGGGAGACGAUAUAACAAUAGCAUCAGAAAUAGAAAACGUGAAUAAAAAAAGAAACGGCCUAGUGACUGGAGCAAAAAAGAUUCCAUUUAUGGAUAACCGCGGUGAUUUUUCAAUUAAUUUCCCUGACAGACAGUUUACUCCAAACGUUUAUGUUGAAAAUCGAAGUGGCUUUCGUUCUCAUCCACUUAAAGAUUAUGAGAAAAAUAUGCCUAUGAAACGAAAUGAAGAAUCUACAAUUAAAAGAAGACUAAAUGACAAACAAGAACUGAUGUAUACGCAUAACAAUCCAGGAUUACAUUUUGUUAUCAGCAUACAUGAAACACUACAAAUUUUGACAUUUACGUUAUUCGGCUUAUUGGCUGGUGCAAGUUUAGUGCAUACACUAUUCGUACAAUCAUUAAUUAAUCCAAGACAAAUUAAAAAUGAUGGUUCUUGGAAUUACAAUUACGGAGAUGGUUAUUUACCAUUAUUAAAGUAUUAUGGAGUUUAUGCACGUCCAAUCUCUAUUACAUUUUAUAUAUCAUUAGUUUUGAUAGGUGUUUUUGUAUUCGGAAAAUUUGAUUUAGGAAGGCCAACAACAAAUUGUAUUCGGAAAUGUGUUAAACUUCAGAAUGGACUAAUGGCUAUCAUAUUUUAUAUGAUCGCUUUCGUAAUACACAAUUCGAUGGGUUGGUUUGAUUAUAUAUUUCAUGUGAAUAGUUAUAAAUCUGAAGAUGAAAUAAGAUACCUAUUGAGUACACAAAUUGAUUUAAAUAAUUUUCUUAAAAUAUGGCAAAUACUUGAUGCUUGUCGUACUGCAUUCAUAUUAAUAACAUGGAUAUCAGUUGCACUAGGUGAUUCAAUUCAUGACAGGUUAACUACAACGUUGAAUAUUAAUCCUAUGAAAAUCGGAGAUGGUAGUGGAAACAAUAUCCAGCCGAAUUAAACAUCACUAAAAAUAUACAAAUGACAUUUGUAAUCCCUCUUCUUCAUAGCUCCUAAAGAGAAUUCGUAAUUUGAAAAAUAUACAAUGAUAAUUGAAUGUCUAUUUUUGAAGCUUCAAGAUCCAACUAUUCUCUACAUAACUCUUAUUCUUCAAAAACAAAUUAAAUUCUUGAACCCAGUCUACGAUGCAGACAAAUCGACUGAUACACAAUAAGUUGCAUCAUGUAAUAACUGAAUCUAAUUAAUCGCUAUGUAUAUAGAAAAUUGUGGUCGCUGAUAAACAUUUCCAUAACUAACUGAUAUCAUUGUAAAAGCUUUCUUUAAUCGGUUAAAAUGAUCGACUAUUUUUUCGCGGUAUUUCUAAAAAUCUUAAAUAUUCCUAACAAACCAGUUGCUCCAGAAAAAUGUGCCUCAAAACCAAGUACGUAAACAUGAAUUUGGUGGGUUAAAUUAUUAGUUUCGUAAAUGCUAAAAAGGUAGGAGUAUUGGGUGCUUCAUACAAUCAGUAUGCGAAUGUAAUUGCAAUUGAAAAUUGAUCCUCUUUGGAAAGCCAUUGAAGAUCAGUACACACUGAACCACCACAACUGUUUUACGCAAUUUAGGACUCAUCAGUAGUGAACACUGACAACCUCACCAAGAACAUCCGUUAUUUAGCUGGAAUCCAACAGUCCACACUUUCCCAUAUGUUUUGUGGGAUUUUCUUUGAGAUGAAUGACUGUGAGGAUAAAAAAUGUUCAGCAGUGCUAUUGUUCGACAUUGGACAUGAAUUUAAUGUUUUAAACGUCCUGCAAGAUGAUCAGCACUUCCGAAAAAUCAUCUUUUCUUGCUCCUUCCAGUUUCCUCUUCCCGAGUAUUUAUAUAUUUAACCUGUAAGCAAACAAAUAUUCGAACGUUCUCUCAAUCCUUUGACAGUUAUUGUCGUACAUUACUUUAUAUCUCAAUUUUAUUCCAGACUUCUCUGAUAACGUCAGUCAGUCAGUCAGCUACAACGUAGGACCAGGCACAUAUAUGUAUCGGUCCAAGUUGCCAUACCUCAUUAACACAACAAGAUGAACACCGGAUUCAUAUAAGUGGUUAAUUCAGAGGUGG